CGGUGGUAUGAGUGGGGAUUGCAAAAAAACAAAAAAAAACUUCUGCGAGGCCUUGAUGAAAGAAAGAGAGAGAGAGAGAGAGAGAGAGAGAGAGAGAGAGAGAGAGAGAGAGAGAGAGAGAGAGAGAGAGAGAGAGAGAGAGAGAGAGAGAGAGAGAGAGAGGGACGAAGGCUCGAGCGCUAAAGGGAGAAGGCAUGAAUAUCAGCCAUGCCCCAUUUGCAAUUGAACAUGAGCCACUCUCGCUUU